AUGGCUCCCUCACACCGUCGUGGACCUUGGGUCCCUGAAGAAGAUCAGUUGCUUCUUCAACUUGUCCGUGAACAAGGCCCUAACAACUGGGUUCGCAUCUCUCAACACAUGCACUAUCGCUCUCCUAAGCAAUGCCGUGAACGAUUCCACCAGAACCUUAAGCCUUCUUUGAACCGCGAGCCCAUCUCAGCAGAUGAGGGGCUGAUGAUCGAACGCAUGGUUAAUGAGAUGGGCAAACGAUGGGCGGAAAUAGCCCGCCGCCUGGGCAACCGCAGCGACAAUGCUGUCAAGAACUGGUGGAAUGGCAGCAUGAAUCGCAAGCGCCGCGGUCUUUCGACACCUACUCUCUCCCGGACUUUCACUGGCCGUAUAGAGGCCCCCUACUCCCGUGCCUCUAUUACAAGCCCUUCGCGCCCUCGCUUCGCCACCCGUCACUGGGAAUCUUCACCGGUCGAGUCUGAAGUCUUCUCACAUUCUCACUCUCGCCGGGAACCAAUGUCCACCACUCGCCAGCUUUCUCCCAUCUACACUCUUCCUACUAUCAACCGUUCCAUUGAAACACCCUUGACAUCACCUGCAUUCUCUGAAGCUUCUAACGCUACUUUGUCCGAGCCACCUUCCAUGGUUUCCGACCACAACUCCAUUUCCUCAUCACCCCGCACUAUCCCUUCGCCCCAGCUACUUCCCUUGCCAGUGGACAUCCGCUCACAAUACGAGCUUCGCCGACCAAGCUUGCAAGUGCAAGUGGUAGAAGACUCACCAAGCUAUCCCCCUCGAUCUCUCGAGCAAAUUUCAGAUACCCAGCAAGGCCGAUGGAUGGAGCACCAGCCCACACUAGCCUCAUGGCACCAACCGGUAGACCCGUCCAAGUCUUGGGAGUCAAGGGCUGAGCCUGCCCGUGACAACCGAAUGGGCUUGAACAAUUUGCUGAAUUGA